UAUGGCAGCAGCAAGGCACAGCACGCUCGACUUCACGCUCGGCGCCAAAGCUGACGGUGAGGCCAUUCUGAAAGGCCUUCAGUCCAUUUUUCAGGAGCAGGGGAUGGCAGAGUCAGUGCACGGGCGCCUGGUUGAAUACGACAUAGACGAAGUGGUGUAUGACGAAGAUUCACCUUAUCAGAACAUUAAGAUUCUACACUCAAAACAGUUUGGAAAUAUUCUCAUAAAAAGCAGUGAUGUUAAUUUGGCAGAGAGUGACUCGGCGUACACCCGAGCCAUCAUGGGCAGUGGUAAAGAAGAUUACACUGGCAAAGAUGUACUGAUUCUGGGAGGUGGAGAUGGGGGCAUAUUAUGUGAAAUUGUCAAACUGAAACCAAAGAUGGUCACCAUGGUAGAGAUUGACCAAAUGGUAAUUGAUGGAUGUAAGAAAUACAUGCGAAGAACAUGCGGAGAUGUCUUAGACAAUCUUAAAGGAGACUGCUAUCAGGUUCUCAUAGAAGACUGUAUUCCAGUACUGAAGAGGUACGCCAAAGAAGGGAGAGAGUUUGAUUAUGUGAUUAAUGAUUUGACAGCUGUCCCAAUUUCUACAUCUCCAGAAGAAGAUUCCACAUGGGAGUUUCUCAGACUGAUUCUCGACCUGUCAAUGAAAGUUCUGAAACAAGAUGGGAAAUACUUCACACAGGGGAACUGUGUCAAUUUGACUGAAGCCCUGUCGCUCUAUGAAGAACAGCUGGGGCACCUGUAUUGUCCUGUGGAAUUCUCAAAAGAGAUUGUUUGUGUCCCUUCAUACUUGGAAUUGUGGGUAUUUUACACUGUUUGGAAGAAAGCUAAGCCUUAAAGAUGAGCAUCCCCUGAAUGUCAUGUGCUGCAAGCCACCUUCCUGACUUCCAUAUGCCCUAUAUGCCAUCAACUGAGUCAGGCAACUGGUCAUGAAUUCCUUCAAGUGUUUUUAUUUUAAUUAUUAUUU